AUGUUUCGGUGUUUAGAUGAUGAGGAUCUUGGUAAUGGAUGGAUGAAGAGGUAUGGUUCAAGAAGAUUGACAGCGUACUGCGGUUUUGGCAACAAAAGCUCCUUGAAAUGUAAAGGUCAAGAGAUAAAAAAGAAUUCUAGAGGAGAGGGUACUAAAAAUAUUUUUAAAAAUAAUUGUAUAAAUAGUGUUUACACGAUAAAAGUUCGAAGUAACUACUAUCAUACUGUCAUAAAAACUAUUAUCGAAUGAUUUACCUGAUGACAGUUCUACGACAGCGAUUAUCACGACGGUGGUUUUCGAGUGUUACUGUCACCGUGUAAAUGUACCUUUACAUAUAAUCAGUCCAGAAAUCACUGCCAGCUGAGUUCUCUUUCCGUGAAACGUCGACAUAUUAUUUACAUUGAUGUAUUUGCAGGGUGGCCAUACGUCCGGUUUUUCUUAUUGGGUUGCAUAUAGAUUGCAAUAGAAUUUUACGCAAGUACCUAAAUUUACCGAAAAAAAAUGUACCUGCAAAAUCAAUAUCUCUAACCGAAAUACAUCAUCAUGGUCAUUGGCCCGCGGGUAUAUUUAUACAAUAUAUAUUAUUAUGGUCUCGUGGGUAGGGGAAAACGGUUAGGUGGAUUCUUACGACUACGGCGGCCGCUGUGGGGAAGGGGAGACAAGAAGGGAAAAAAAGAAAACAACGGGGGCGGUAAUAUAUCGCGCUGUAAACGCGCGAUUUUAUUUAUGGUCGUCCGCGGGGACGCGAGCACAAACCUAAGUACAUUACGCGUGUAUAUAAGACGGCCACGGCGGCGGCAGCGGCCGGUAUAUACCCGGUCACCGGUAAUACGAUUUGCGAUGACGGACGGCGACGUGCCGAGGGGGCCUUUGAAACGGGUAAAAGGGACUUGCAGAACGCGCCCGGAGGAACCUCUUUGGCCCCGGUCCUUUUACAGCGCACCGAUAAUAUUAUAUACGUAUAUAAGACGCCGUGAUAUCUCACCAUCAUAUUAUUUUAUUAUAUAUUGGUCGCAAUAUACGGGCGCCGGGGACUUUUGCCUCGGUUUCUGCGAGGAUUAAAAACGAGAAAAUACCUAUGUACAAUAUAGUAAUCGUAUUAUUACUUUGUACGCUUUGCGAUAACACUCGUUCAGUCAUACACCACUCGUAUAUGUGUGUGUGUGUGUAUAUGUGUGUGGGUGUAUAUAUAUAUGUGUGUGUGUGUGUGUGUGUGUGUGUGUAUUAUAGAAUAUGCCACGUCCGAAUAUACAGUCGGUAAUAAUAUUCGGUGUAUAUUUUAUAACUGCAACGAUACAACAAACGGCUGCCACGGGAAAUACAGUACAGUUGUAUAUUAUCGUUCGGAAAUUAUAUUCCGCUCUGAAAACGUGAUUGUCGCGUCGUCGGCACCGCGAUUUAUUUGACACGAGCGUGCUCGAUACUUUAUACCUAUUAUAUAGCUUGACAGUGGCGAAACCAGAAUUCGUUAUCGGGGAGUGGGGAAAUGGGGAAAUCGUGCCAUUGCGGAUAACUGACUGUACGUAUUUUACGUAAAAUUCGUAAAAAAAUCUCAAAUUUCAGGGUGGGGUUUUAAACUCUAAAUCCCUGCCCCGAUCGCACCCCUGUCAAUAUAUCCGCGGACGGCGCGCGGUGGUGGAAGGAUAGGGAGCACACUACUGGACAUUAACCGCACUCCUAGAUCAAAAUUGCCACAAUUCAAAAUGUAUAGUUUUGAGAAAAAACGAUUUGAAGUUUAUUUUGAAGCUGGAAAUAGGUGCGACGUUGCCACUUCGUACCGUAGAGUUGUUAAAAAAUAAAAUACAUUUGAACAUAAAUAUUUAUAAAACAAAUCUUUUAUUAGUUUUUAAUUACAUAUUAUUAUUAAAUAUCAUUACAUAUUAUUAUUACCUAUUAAGACAGCGUUUGCUGGGUUAGUUAGUAUAGUAUAUAUCAAAAUUAAAAUGUGUUCCCCUAAAUACCGAAUAUGGAUAUAAAAAAAAAAAAAUUAAAUAAAAAUGGUUGAAAAAUACCACUCAUACAUGACAAAAUUUAAAAUUUAAAUUUCUUUCCCUAAAUACUUAUUUCCGACAUUUAAUAAAUAUUUAAGUAGAUUGUCAGCAUUUUUAAAUUCAGAGUACUCCUUAUAAGCGUUUAAAGUGAAGUUAAUUUUUUUGGUUUUCGAUAACACUAAUUUUUUUAUGACCAUUACUCGCUAUAGAUUGAAUUUUCGUUCAGCCCGAGUUUCUUAUAACACUAUAAUAACCAAAUGUAUAUGUGGAUAUGCCUUGUAAAAUUGGGAAUUGUAUGUUCUGUGAAAACUUUCAGCUGCAUUAGUAUUCACCUAUUAGCAAUCUAAACAGCAUACAUACUAGUGAAAAUCUGACAGCGUUAUACGCAAUAUUUAUUUUUUUUAUCGUGCUUAAUCGGACCGUCAAAAAAGUGGUCGGCCGAUAAAGAUCGUGCUCAAUCGAGUAUCACCGUAUUUUGAGAUAUGGCUGUAUUGCAUUAUACAGCCAUAAACUGAAUUACGGUAGUAUUGAACUGAACAUAAUCGUAUCAGAGAUAUUAUCACCAGAAAAUUAUUUUUUAUGUAGCAUAAAAAAGCCACAAAUAUAAAUAAUAGGGUAGUCUUGAAUUUUGACUUCAAUAAUUAAAUGUAUAAAUCUUAAAAGUCAUAAAGUAAAAUAUGACUCUGUUGAUUUGAAAAUUAGCUAAGAAUCAAAUAAAUCUAUACUGGUACAUCUUUUUAGUGAUAAAAUGAUAUUGAAUAUGGCGUUCUUCAGUCAUAUAGAGCUGAUAGUUUGCUACCCAAAGUGAGUAGUCAUAACUCAAAAUUAUUAAAUUUUGACAGUCUGGUUCUAGAGAUACGAAUUUUGUCCGAGGCCUUGCGUUUGUGCAAAGCCUCGCACCGAUAGAUCCCCGAGCCAAAUAUAUACCGUAAUCGAGACUCCGAGAUUUCAAAUAUUAUGUAGAUGAUAAUAUAAUAUCGGGCUGGGCGUUGUUUGAAGAGAAAUAGGUACCGAAACGACCAAAUGUUUCUGUGUACGUUCAUCCGGUGCAAACGACUGCUAUUUCAAUUCGCCUAUCUGAUUUCAUUACGAUAAUACUUGUACCGCACGCGUAUUUCCGACAAUUUUAGCACAAUAACUCAUAUGAAUUCCGAACGAUCUUCGUAGUCGCACCGUUAUAAAAUACAUAAAUAACUGUAUACAUGUGAGCAUAAUAUUAUAACAUUGCAAUAGACAAGUUAUUCGAAUUCAUAGAGUAUAAUAUUUAGAACCUAGUAUAAUUUCUUGUAUUUCAUUAACCCUUGAGCGUUUUGCCCGCAAUAUUCGGUGCGCCGUCCCCGCAUACGGCUAUAUGUCGUACCAUCACAGAGGCAUUGUAUUAAGUCCUAUCAGUGACGUAACUAUAUAACUUCUAAUACUUUCCAUACCCAUGGCGAGAUAUAGCAUCAUGGCCGAUGAGCAAAAAACAAAAAAAGGCCUUUCCGUUAAUGCCUUGAGCCCUGGUUUGGGGCCCUUAAAUGUCAUAGGCCCGUGGCGUUUACCCACUGAGUCCUAUACGAUAUUAUUAUCAAUAUUAUUUGAGCCGACGAGUAUUUUUAUAACGCCGAUUCGUUAUACUCCGGGAUAUUGUUAUGAUAUUAUUAUUGUUAUUUUUGUUUACUUUCCAUUUCGCCUACACUUCCACCCUCCCCCCAAAAAAAAAAAACCGUUAUACUGCGUGCGUACGUAUAGACGCGAUAUUAUUAUCGUUUACGAAAACCCACCGACAUCACCACAAUCGAAGCGGCAGUAUAGGUAUAUUAUAAGGAAAAUAGGAUAUUUUCUUUUUUUGGAUUUCACGAGACGGCUCUUGCGUCACCUACGGAGUGAUCGACAUAGCACAAGACGCUCGCCGUCUCGAAAAGCGUUAACUUUUUUUGGAAAUUUGCUUUUUUAAAACGUUAGAGGAAAAAACGGGUGGCAUUGGAACAUCGUAUUACCGUAAUUUACGUCACCCUUAAUUUUAGGAGCGAAACCACUCACAAGCAACUCACUUUCGAUUUCCAAAUAGCAAUCCAUAUUGAAAUUUCCGCGAUUAGACAAAUUUUAAGUUCAAACACAUUUCCGUGAUAAAAUGUGUCGACGAGAUAUUCCACUUUUAAUUUUUUAUUUCUUGAAACAGCCAAAGACGUAUUAUUCAAAUGACACACAUGUCGCCACCAAACAAAUGAUGCUCCAUUAAUCUCCCCCUAUAUAACUAUACUAAACAACAAACUUACAAAUCGAAUGUCCCGUCAAUGGAUUGACGGAAGUUAAAAAUUCCAACACCGAAAUGUAUUUUAACUAAAACUUCAUCCGUUUGUGUAUUUUUUUUUUUUUUUAAUAUAGAGUGCUAUUUAAAAACUAAAAGUGAAUAGUGGUUUUAACUUCUCCCCCUGAAAUAAGGGUAACAAAAAAUAACGGUAGUAUAACAUUUUAGAAGUUCCGACGUCCUGACACCAACAUUUUAGUAAUUGUAAAGUGUUCUAUUACUCAUUAGAGAAAUGCUUGUUUCUUAAAUUUUCUAAAAUAGUAUGUACUUUCCGAUAUAACAAGCGUUUUAGGUUAUGUUGAUCACCCCGUAUACACAAUAUAAGAGCCGUAUCUCUCUCUUUCUCUAUCUCUUUAAUAACAUUCGAACACUUUCUAGUCCUUCGAUCGUCGUGUAUAAGCAUUAUCAGUCUGCGAACACAGAGUCGAAUAAACAGCCUGCACCGUACACACGAUUUCGUCUCGCACACGACACUGCGUAUACCUAUACAAUAACAAAACCCAACGAUAAUAAUAAUAAUAUGUAUUUUCUCGGCAAUCCGAACGACAUGUAAAUAUAUUGAGUCACCCGAAAGAACAAAAGAAAUACGACCGACAUGGCGAAACGCUCGCGCCGCCGCUGACACAAAACAUUGCUGCAGCAGCAGUAUAUCACAAUGAUAAUAAACAAUUUCAGUAAGUAUAUUUGCACAAUCGAUUAACUCGUCGCGAUAGUGUUUGAAAAAACACGCGGAAUUACGUAAAAAAAAAGAAAAAAAAAACCGGUGUACACGAAUCUACUAGAUAUCGUUAACUGUAUCGAUUCACCGAAACAAUAACGUCUAUAAGUAAUAUCAUUCGCCUGCAGUAUCGUUUAACGGAAACUUUAUACAUGCAUAGUUUACACACCAUUUUAAACGCCCGUCGUUUAUGUAAUACGACGUACAUUAUGAAACAUUACGCAAAGUCGCAUAGGUAAAUAUUUUAAAAAGUCGUAUAUACAAAACGAUUAGAUAGGCGAUUAGAUUGAGAUUAUAGCAUAAGCGUGUGCACGGAUGCAACCUAGACAUGCAUCUGCCUUUUCCGGAACCACGUACACCGCAGUGGUGUAAAUUGACCAAUGCCGAUGUGGCACGAGCACCGGUGUACCGCUGCAUUAGAUUUCUAGUAAUGCGCAAUAAUCGUUUCACGCUAAGUACUAGAAAUCAAAAUUGCAAGAUGUUUCCGCAAUCCAGAACAACUGGACUAUGAGAGAGCUGCACGAUUUAAGCAAUUUAAAAUACCUGUGAGGUAACGUUAAUACUAUUUUUCCCGCACAUUACUAUGAUCACGACAAUUUAAAAAGGUUUUGCUACUACUAUACCUGCCGCUAGUUGUAGCCAUGACAGACUGUUUUCUAAGUUAACAAUACUGAAGACAAAAUUUAGAAACACAAUGUUACAAGAAAUACCGAGAUCUCUUCUAUUGUUAUAAUUUGUCGAUCAAGAAACUUAAAAAACAAUAAUAUUAAAGAAGUAAUAUUGAUUUCUUCAAACCAUCAACAUUGGACACGGACGAAUUGCAUACGUUUUUUAAAUAUAUAAUAAAGGAAAGCAUUUGUAAAAGUAUUGAGUACACGAAUUUACGUUUUUUGUUAAAGUUUAGGGGUACCCCACUCGUUUUUGACUAAUUUAAUAAUUAAUUUUAAUUCGUAUGCUGACUGUACUUUUUAGAAUAAAAAAUGAAAUAAAAGGUGCCUAAUAAGAGAAGCUAUAACUUUUGAUCGAGAACUCUGCGCUCGUCCAUGGAUUAAAGAGGUUCGCACUAAAGGUAUAAAGUUAACAGCCGUAUACUAUAAGAGGGUGAAUUGCAAUCCACGACACGUGGCACGGAUUAUGCGGCAAUAUAGAAACAAUAUUUCUGAGAUUAUUUUCAAAUAUCUUUCGUGUUGUCGUCGCAACGUGGACAUAAUUUGUCGUGCUCGUAAUUCGCGACAAAACGUCACCUCUCGACAUAUUAUAGCUGACGCCAAGCUUCGGAUCUACUACCGGCGGCGUCGAGUUGACUUAUCGUUGUAGAUAAUCGUUAAAUAUUCCGUUGAAAAACGAUCGAUAACUUAGACAGCAGUCGUAACAAAACUAAAUGUACACACAGGGCCGGACUUGGGGUCGUGGGAGCCCGGGGCUAAGCAUUUGCCAACCCUGCAAUAAGCGAAAUAAAAAAAUAAAAAGAGUCAUCAGCAAAAGAUUCGUUGUAAUAAUAAUCUUUAGAUCCGUUUAAAAGACCGAUCAACGAAAACACACGUCGCGCGGCCCCCUUCAACCCGCGACCCGGCGCUACAGCCUCGCCGUGCGUCCCCCCCUCUCCGAGUUAUCGCGGGCCGCGGUGUUGUAACACGGUCAAAAGUGCUCCUGCUCGUCGCGCGUACGUCACGCACGUCCGUCAACGCCACUCGUUCGUUCGGACAAUAUUUAUUACGGUAUUAUUAUUGCGUCCGUAAAACGCCGAGGUCCGACGACGCGCCGAACAUAUCAUUUACCCGUGUAUAGUCGCAAUCGUAUUUCACACGGUUCGGGCGGGAGUCGCGUAACGUUUUGUGCGGCGGGUUAAGUACUUUUAUACCCGCGUCCGCAGCCGUCCGACUGCUGCAGUGCGAUACACGCUCGCCCGGUACACCGCGCUACAAUAUCAUCGCACACACGGCCGCUUCGACAAAAAUCCAAUAAGUUCCGAUUGACUCCUCGCUAACACCGUGUUGUUAUAUACGUUUACCGCGCGCCGUUCGGAAAACUACGUAACGCGCACAUGCCUGCCCGCCUGUCUGCCCGCCUGCGCGUCUAGUGGACUGCCGUCCCCUCGGUCGGCCCGCGUUAUGACUGCUGUCGCUAAGUUCGGCGAAAAACUUUACGAGAAUUGCCGCGCGGUAAACGCGGACCGGGCGAGCGGUUUUGUUGCCGCGUCAUUGUUGCCGCGGGCCGAACGGAAAACCGACGGCGGCGGGGAGACGUCGACCGGACGUCGUCUGCCCGGGCCGCUGUGUGCUGCAGCCGCGCGUUUUGAAAUACGACCGCCGCCGUUCCGUUCACGUAUAAUAACUGCAAUAUUAUUCGUGUAAUAAUAUUAUACGGAGCACGUUUUCGACAACUCGUGCCGUUUGUAUUACAUAGGUGUUUUGUACGUAAAUAAUACGACGCGCGUAAUAUGUGCGGAUGUGUGCGGACGUAACCCGAACCGCGGCGCGCGUGUCCACGGUAGAAGAAAUGAGAGAAGUCCGCGUCUUGCAAUUUACGACAUUAUUAUUAUUGUUUUCGGACACGCGCGCUCCGUGCGCAGCCAAACUUUCUGCAAACCGUCUGUUUUCGACACCGGAAACAACGCGGCGGGCGCCGGGUGCAGCGCGUUUUCGACAGACCGAACGAGCGAUGACGGGGAGAUAAAUGGUUUGGCGCGAAAAAAAAAGAAAAAAUUAAAAAUUUGCGAAAACUGCACGGGGGGAGUGCUGACCGAGUAAUGUGUUCGUACGUGAUUUUCGACAAGACCGCACUUACAACGCGUGUAUAAUUGUAUACAACUAUAUACUGUAUACUUACGGUGACGCAGUCGAAAUUUCGUACUGGUGGGGGGGGGGAAAGGACCAAGAACGUUUUUCGCAUUAAUCGCGAGCGUAUGUAACGAGAGUUUCGGAGAGUUCAACCUCGACAAAAAUUUAGAAAAUGGCGUUUCGUCGAUAUACAUUCAAUAUGCGUGGGAUUUUCUACGAAUAAUCGGUCGAGUAGUUUUUGAGUAUAUACGACUCAAACCGAAUAUGUACAUACAUUGGCCCUUUUGUAUAGAUUAAACACAAGCAAAUUAAUUUAAAAAUUAUUACGAAAUGCCAUAAUUGCUAAACGAUCUAAUAACCUAAAUGAUCGUUCUAAAUGGCUCAAAACCCGUAUUAUUUGACUCGUGCCAUUUUUCGCCAGACGAAAAGUACAUCCCAGUGACUGAAUAUAGUCUUUUAAUUCUCAGUAUAAUAUCACGUGUGUUAGAAUACGCAUACACGUAUGCCGUUUGGACCAAAAACUAAAGGAAAACGAAUAUACACGAAAAAAUCCAAAAAUGCUUAUUUUUUCUCUGAAACCAAAGAUGCAGAUAGAAGAUAAAAGAUAAAUAAAGUAGUUAUUAAUAAAAACUAAAAUCGAUUCGUGAGUUCGUGACACUCGAAUACAUUGAAUUUACACAAAUAAGAAACUGUGUUACCUAUAUAUUGUUGUCGCUAAAAAUUGAACGAUUUUCAAUUAUAAUAAUAAUAACAAUAAAUAUUAUAAUACGACACGGGUAUUAUAUUUUAUCAAAACUUAAAAUAACCGAAAAUCUACCAAACCGAGUAGAAACUAUACCGGAUUAAAAUAUUCGCUUGAGUAAGUAAUUAUAAUAUCCAUUGAUAAUACGAAAAUAAUUCCAAAAUAUAAUUUCGAACUUUACAUAAAAUACUAUAAAGGUGUACUUUAUUAAUUAUUAAAUUAUAUUUGCUGUAAUUUGAAAUAUAUUUUAUUAUAGCUUAUAUAAACAGUGGCGCAAUGUUUUACCAAUAGUGGGGAUGGAGUUAAAACACCCAGCUCCCCUGGCUACGCCACUGCUUAUAAAUAUGUAACUAUGAUUUAUAGCGUUAAGACUUCGUAAAAAUAACAGCGAAAAUCAAUACAGUAGUAGAAAAAAGCGAAAAAUGACAGUAGAAGUGAUGAUAAUACAGCUGAUAUAAUCAGAUCGCACUUGAAAAAGAACGGACGGAAUCGCACGGGAUAAAGUCGAAUGUUCGCGAUGGCCUUUUUUGUAUUGUAUUAUUAUACACGGACGGCCGACUUUUUUAUUCCUCCGUCGUUUUUUCUUCCACUUUUCGCGCCGCAAUAUUAUUAUUUUGUACGUUAAACGGAAAUUAUCGAUUAAUUUUCGCGUAUCACUUACGCGCGGACGCGACAUAUACACGCUGAACGCUAUUGUGCAGUGACGAUAUAAUUGCGCCAAGGACGGUAAUGACAAUAAUAAUAAUAAUAAUAAUAAUAAUAAUAAUGAUAAUGAUAAUUGAUAACGCUGUCGGACAAAAGGAAAGAGCAAAUAACAGACGACCGCGGUCUAAUUUAAAUACUCGAUUAUGGACGGUAAAGCAGUUUUACGCGCGCGGGGCCGACGGGGUCGGGGUGAAAUUCAAUUUGUCCCGAAACCAAAGACGUCGAGAACGCCAAAGUCAUUAAGAUUUGCCCUGGGAUCCCGGACGGCGGCGUGACGUUUCCCUCGGAAUUUCCCCGUGAUAUGCCGACGGCCGUGGCGAUUCGACUCCGUUCGAGUCGCGUUCGUAUAUAGUCGUUCAUUGUUUUAUUUAUUUUUUUUUUUUCCUAUCUCAGGUCUCGUAACCAAUCCCUUUUUUUCUUUUCCUGUCGAAUAUAUAAUAUACCGACCGAGGUAUGUACACCUCCGUCGUCUCUUGCGCCCCCGCGUGCAAAUUGAAUUCGCGUAUUAUGCAAUCCGGCCCGGUGCUCCGACCGUCUAACUAUGCAUGAAAUUGUCGACGAUGCGAAAAAAUAAAAUACAUAUUAUUAUUAUCAUUAUAUAUAUAUAUUUCAAUUAAAUGAAGGGACAUAAAAAAUAAAAAAAACAGAAAAUUUAAAGUCUACUGCGAAUAAUAAUUCCUAAUACAAAUAUAAUUUACAAAUGGCGACCGAUUUAAAAUUACUGCUUCCGGGAACAGAGUUCGAUCGAUAAACAAUUAUUAUACACGGAUGAUCGAAUUGAGAAAAUGAAAAUUUUUCGUUUCGUAAUCUAUUUUGUUUGAUAAUUUUGGACUGCGAAUAGUUCCGAUAAACAUUAAAUCGAACGUGAUGUUUACAAUCAUUAUUAUUUCGUUCGCUAAAAUGGUCGUACAAUAAAAAAAUAGCAAUUCAAUAAAUCGCAAACGUUUUCCGUAUACUCACCAGAACGAACACAUUAAAUUGGUGUAUUAAAAUAAACAGUAUUACUUCGUCACAGUAUAUAAUCGUUCGAGAAACGUUUUAGGAAUUUCGAAAAAAUGUUCGAUUAAAGUACCGUCGGCCGCAUCUUUUGAGGCAUGAACAUGUAAAAAUCGUUUUAAGUCGUGUCGCAUAACAUACUGCAGCGACUUAAACUAUUAUACACUUUUUAUAUGCACCGUGUUAGGAGAGUUAGUAGUCAACUUAACCCAAACAAUAUGUUUCCCGAAUCUGAUGUCAACCAAGUCAAGUCACUGUCAGAUGAUUUAAAUCAAUACGCGGGAUAAGUUAAGUGAAUUUUUAUUUUACUUUUUAAAUUGAUAGAAAAACAGCCGAAUAUCGCACAUUAAAAUCUGAAAAUUAUACUAAACAAUACAGAAAAACGCGUACAAUCCUAAUCAGUACCUAUAUCAUGGGUAAAACGUUAAAACGUUGAUAUUGCGAUUUCAGUUAAUGUUUAUUUUCGGUCUGCUGAGAAGUUCGGAAACAUUGAUUAAACAUCUUUUUCACGUGCACCCACGAAAUGUUAGCUUUUUUGCUUCUCUCAAAGUACAAAAAUUAUUAAUUCUAAUCGACGGCGUAUAAUUAUAUGAAACAAUCGUGGCCGACCCGAACGUUUCUCUCUGUGAAAGGCUACGUCAACGGUCAAUUUUAAUUUUAUCAUUUGUGAAAUUAUAAUCAGCUCUUUGCGAAAACCGUAUAUGUGCGAAAAUAAUUCAUUCUCAACGCAGACGACGACGGUCCUAUUAAAACACACCUACACACGCCUCUACUAUACGAAUAAACUUAGUGGGCCGUUUAAACGCUUCGCAGUGUAUUGCAAGUAUACUCACCAAGUUAACGGUUAGUGGUAUAUAAUAGUACCACGGCAGUGAAUUUUCAACAAAUUGGACGCAGUCAACGCGUGGUAUGAGAUAAUAUAUUUGCGUGUCGCGUGGCGGCGGCGGCCGCAUAGAUAUACAUUAUUAUUAAUAUUAUUAUAUCUCCUCGUCCUUAUAUUCUGAAAUCCGAUUGGGCAAUAAAUCGUACAAAUUGACGGGGUUGUGUUGCGUAUAAAUGUAUAUAGCGUAUAAUAAUAUAACGAAAGAUAUUUUCCCUCACCCGCCGCAGGAAACCUAAAUCAGUGUUCGUUCCGGCGGGCCGACGACAAAUCGCGUGUCAUACACCGUUACAGAAACCGUCGGGACGCACAAUUUGCUUUUGUCGGGAAAACGUUUAUUAGGGUACUUUGCUGGGCGGUAUCUGGACGUUACGACCUCCCACCCCCUCCCCCCAGUCCCCUUUACAUACUUACGGCACUGUUAUAUUGCGGCGAUUCAAUUUAAAAACCACAUCGCCCGUUAAAUAUAUUAUAUACCUUAACGAUAUAUGCCGGACAUCGGAUGAGUGAUUUUUUUUUUAUUUUAGAUUCUGAACGAAGCGAAUAAUGUAUUGGUUUUACUAUUGUGACGGGUGUUUUUUCAAUUUUUUUUUUUCACGUCUGUAAACAACAUUUCUAUCAGAAGUCUCAUGCCAGUCGAAAACUUUAUUGGAACCUUUUUAAAUAAUUUUCGAUAUAGUUGAGACGUUGAUAAGAUCGAUUAUUAAAUUUUCCAUGUAGUUUUAUUCUUAAUAAAUGGGAAAAACUAGCAAUUUUUUGUAUAAUUUUUGAUUAGUGUAUUACUUCGGUAAUACGCGAAAAAUACAACUAAUAAUACUCUCCUCAGAAUCGUACUUCGUUUAGCGUUACGUACAAAUGUAAAUUAAAGUUUAUAUUUAUAAAGUAAUUAUAGAUAAAUGUGUAUUGAUUAUUAAUUCGAUAAAUACACGAGUUGUCAGGGUCGGAUAUGACGGAAGGCGUGGAGAGCGUCUGCCUCAGACCUCGCGUUUUAAAGGGCCCUCUUUUUUACGGUUCGCCAGCACGAUGGGAGUAUCGUUUAUUAAAAAAUAUUAACAAAUAACAAUUGAGUCAAAAUAGACCGGACCUCGGGCUUAAAUGUGAAAAAUCGUAUACGAGUUAGAGACUAAAGCACUACUUUAAGAAUAUUCUCAAGUAUACAAUUUAUUACUCUGCAUAUCGUAUAUAAAUGCUCUAUAAAGACCUGGAUAAGUUACCUAAAACACGCCAUGAAGAAAACGGAUUUAUAUACAACAAAGACGUGUAAACUAUAGAAACGGGUACUUAAAAUUGUAUAUUUUGGAACGAAAUACUGGAUGGUUUUACCAUUAGAAAUAAAAACCUUCAAUUUCCCACAUUAGACUUUAAUAAUGCUGUUGAUGCACCUGUCAAGUCGAGUGUUUUGUCAUCGAGACGGUUUUUUCUUUUCAAUGUACGUGAGAAAAUUAUUAUUAUCUCAAAAUCAGCGGAAUGCGAUGAUGAAACUCAUAAAAUGUUUACAUUACGUAUUAUAUUAUAGACCACUCAGGAGCUUCCAAAUAUUCUUUUCCGUGGCAUCGCAUAACGUUUAAAUUCGAUACGAAAUAUUUAUAUCCACUGCAGUAGGCGCAUAUUAUUGUUUUCCCUCGCCGACUAUCGCGUUCCUCCGUCGAUACGACACACCCCAAACUAGAAAUCGACUCCGCUUCACUGUCACAAAUAAUCGAACAUACAGGACUAAUAUCCGACUAUUCGUCAUUUCCCCGUGUUUGAUUAUGUAUAAAAACAAAACGAUUAGUCCUAAAACAGACCGCGCGUAGUGACCUUUAUGAAUUGUCGCUAUAUCAUGUAAACUUCACGCGUAAACAAAUUAUUGAACCCCGUCGUGAAAUUUUAAUAGGCAAUUAUUACCGGGUUAUAAUAAUAUUAUUAAAAUACAUACGUACUAUAUUUAACGCGGCCCGGUAAAAUUAAAAACUCAACAAACAAUAAUCGUCGGCUCGUGUAGUCGCAUUUACAAACCAAUAUAAUUACACAGUAUACACGCAUAAAACCGUAGGUACCCGGAAAAUAGAAACUGUACUUUCAAUAAAAAAAAAUAAAAAAAUAAAUGUACCCGUAUAGCGAAAUAAUACACUAGUUGUUUCGAUCGGUUUUUAACGGUCGUUCGACACGAUUUCACGUCGUCAAAAAGCAAGAAAAUUCAUCACUAGAGGGGAUUUCUACAAUGUAUUAUUAUAAUAUACUGUGUUUAUCGUCAAUAUUAGAAACAUUAUGGUUUUCGUGUUUUUUUGCCCGUGUCGCGGUGUUACUGUUUUUAUAGUUUCCCUUAAGCAGUAACUAUAUACACUAUAAUUUUAUUAUACACACGACCCUCAAAAUAUUCAAAAUAUUUUUUUAACCAACGAAAUAAUGUACGUUUUAAGUAGGUAGUAUAAGGUACUUUAAAACACUAAUAAUACUUAAAAACCGUAUUAAACUCAUAUUAUUUCAAGACCUCAUACAUAUUAAUAUUCCCCGUUUAAUUAAAUAUUCAACACACAUCAACGCUACUAUAUAGACAUUGUAACCAUAUAAAAUGGAUUUAGUAUUACAAAUAAAUAUUAUACCGUAAAGUACAUUUUUAAAAUCGAUUUUUCACACGGUUGAAUUAUUUAAAAAAAAAAAAAAAACAUAAAAAUAAUGUUCAUUUGUUUUUUACUGGUUAUAAGCUAUAUUAAUACAAGUAUUUAAGAAAUAUUCUUAACAACAAUUAUUCAUGAUCUUUAUAAACUUUAUAAAUCCCAAGAAUAUCAAUUAUUAAUGUUGAGAUAAUAGUUUUGGCAAAGCGGCCAUUUUCAAUCCGAUUUAACUAAUGACAAAGUUUCGAAUUAAAUGCAAUGUCUAAAUCGAAUUUAAGUAUAUAUACUCUCUAAAAUGAUUUUAAUGAAUUAUGUAGUUUGGUAUAAUAACUUAAGAGUGUGAUAUUUGCAUUAAGACUAGCUAAACAAAACGAUGAUGAUUUAACAGUAAAAUUAUAUUUUUAAAUUUUGGCUAUUAUUUGCACAGAUUUUCUAAACAAUACAAUGUUUAAAAUAUAUCUUUAGUUAAAUCUACCGUUAAAAUAUCAAAUGUUUAAAUUAAUAAAUUCGAAAAUGAGAUGCAAAGAAUGGAAAAGUACCUAAACUGAAAUAUAUAUAGAUAUGACUAGUGCACUAGUAUUGUUUGUCGUAAAAGUAAAUAUUCGUUAGAAUUAUGUGAACGUAAUUUUCCAAUUCCAAGGACAAACUUCUGCGGGAUCCUUAAACAGUUUUGGCGCAAUACCAAUAACGUUUUCGAUAAAUACUCAACAAGGAAGCAUUUUAACAUGGCUACAAAUCUGUCAAGCUUUCCUCCCCUAAAAUAUUCGCGCCUGAUAAACUGUCCCUUUUCAGAAUACACGUCCAAUCCCCAUUCAUCCCGAUGCCUUUGAAAUAUUUUUUGGUGUAAAUGGAAGUGAUUUCCUUUAAAACACCUGGGCUCCCCUAUUUUUAUUUUUUUUCAUUUCCCCCAUGUUCGACGAAAAACACAAAGUUCUUUGACACUACAAAACACAACGUCGGGGUGUUGCAAAACAUUUUACACAGAUUGAUAAUUUAUUGAUCGUAGCUGGGCAAACAUCUAUUCGGAGGACCAAUGAAGACCCACGGAAAUAAACUUUUGUUCAAGAAACAUUUAACUUAUAAUUUCACUGGGGAGACGGACGAAUAGAAACUUUAUGUCACCAUUGCCGAUUAUUACACCCGUCCUUUUUAUACUUCCGAUCUGUCCUCACCCGAAACUUUUAGACUCUGAAUAUAAUUGUUUCACUAUGAAAGUUUAACUGUUGUUGUUAGAGUAAUUGUCGUUGAUGUGUUUUAUAAACAUUUUUAGAAAACAAUUACUUACCAAUAAAUAAUCUAAUCGAUGGGGCAGGAGAAACGUUCCUCGCGAACGUAACAAAAAAAAGUUUACAGCACUUUUAAAAAUACAAAAUAAUUGAAUUUUAAAACUUUUAUUUUUUUUUUCCAGAUUGUCUACAUUUACAACUAUACAGAGAUAGUAAAGACCGGUAUAAACAUGGUCAAACGAAGGCUUCCUUAUCUUUGCAACACUUCUUGGGAAUAGAGUCUGGUAAGUUAUUUCAUCAAAGUAUUUGAUUUACAAAGAUGUAAACAAAUAUAAUAAUUGCAAUGUCACUUACAGGGUUUACGUUGGAUAAAGAAUCUAACACGAUAGCUAUUAUUUGCCAAGACGUAACUGUUGUACUAGCUUUCGACACCAGGGAGAGACUGAUCCAGUGGCAAGUUAAGAUAUCUUCAAACUUGGGUGACGGUGAGAAAACACGAAAAUUAAUUAACUAUUAAAAUCAAUCUGAAAUUAUAGUCAUCUGUGUUAAUUUGAGAAUGGUAUUAUUUGUCUCGUCGAAAUAUACUAGCCAUUUUAGCCCGCAAAUUUCGUAUUCUACGAGUUAAAUGAAAAUAAAGAAACGGCUUAAAAUGUAUCUGCGUGUAUAUUUACACAAACUCGUUUUAUACAUAUAUUUUAAUGAUAAAAGAACUUUCUCUUAUUGUUUUCGUAAUUUAAAGGUUUUUGUUGAGAUUACGAAAGUUAGAAAUGUUCUGAGUAACGAAAGGUUUGAACAGUCAACGAAUAAAAAAGAAUACAUCGUGAAUUUAAAGAGGUCUAUUGUGCACGGAACCGUUAAGAUAACAAGUAAGAAAAGGGAUUUGCAGAAUAAAAAAAUUUCCCGAAAUAAAAGUAUAUAGAAGUUAUGAGGAUGUAAAAAUGUGGUUUGUUAUAUGUUAAAAAAAGUAAUAAUAAUAAUAAUAAAAAUAAUAAAAAUACAGAAACACAAUAGGUCCGUUCAUAUAUGCAUUCACGAUUGAUAGUUCAUUGAACACAGAAUGACGUUUCAUUUUUUAAAUAAAUGGAUUUUAUGUAACGAUCAAUAUUGCAGACCAACAGUUCCUGAUCCAAAUAGCAUCUUGUCCGCCCAAGUCGAAAAUAUCUUCAGGGCCCGCUCGGUUACACGUACAAGACUUAAGGUUCUCGAUGACUACCGGUGUCCCACCAAGAUUAGUCGGUGUUUGGGAACUCCGACAUUUAAGGUAUUUGUUUUGUACAAUAAAUUUUAGAACUUUUGAACGCUUAUACUAUAAAUAAUCCAUUUUGUACUCAACAGAAAGUACGGAGUUAUUGAAAAUCGGUUUUGCUAUGAGGGUGGCUCGAGAUGUGGCAAAGGUGAGGGCUUAUUUGUGUGUUUUACCGAUCAGGGAGACGAAAUAACUAGAUGUAUGAACUUGGCGGCGGAAAAUAAACUUGCUACCAGGAAAAAAUUUCUCAGUAGAAAUAUGUCAGGUAAAAUUUGAAAAUAAACCACAACUUUUGACAGAACAAGAUAAUUUAAGUACUCUUAUCGUUAUAGUUUUAGAAAGCCCGUCCAGACGAGGUUUCCUGUCUCGAUUAGAUUCCUGCAGAGUUUCCGAGUACGGUGGAGAUCAAAAUUCAUUUCACCAACACUCUCACGAAAGAAGCGGCGAAGACAACAUGUGUUGGCCUUCUAACGAGAGUCGUUUAGACAAUUCGGAUUUCGGAGACACCGCUUCCGUCGGUGAUUUCCAAGACCCAAAUUCUCAAGUAAACUAUUAUUCACUAUGUAACCUACCAUUUAUUUCUAUUGUAUAGUAUAAAAUAAAAAAUAUAUAUCACAAUACACAAUACAAAGAAACCUGAUUGUUGUAAUUAUAAUGUUUUACAUAAAAUACACCGUUAUUAUUCAGGAAAAACUAUAAAUCGAAAUAUUAUUGUAAAUAAAAGCCAAAUGAAAGCUAAGAAAAUUCAAUAUAUUUUAUUUUAUCGUUUACGAUAAUAAUUAUAAAUUAUAAAUCAAACUGUAAAAUGGGAAUAGUUUCAAUGGCACCACGUAUAAUAAAUGGUUAGGAUAAUUUUCGCGGAGUCUUAAAAAAUAUUCCCUAAUUCGUUACAUAGGCUAGCCUAUAACUAUAGUAUAAUUAAUAAUUACGUUUCGUUUAAAACAACAGGAGUGCACGUGGACCCCAGAAACCGCUUUAGAACGAUGUGCCAGUUGUAUCAGUAAACUUGGAGCUUUGUCGCGUUCUUCCACCAUGGCCAACACCCCGGGAAGCAUAGGUUUCAAUCCAGCGUGGACCAUGGACAACAAUGUAUCAUCGAGUAAGUAUAUGCAUGUAUACUUCUGUAUAUUCGCAAAACUGUACGAUCGUAUGCAAUAAGUGGUAAGUGGCGGCACUAAGAGAGUCUAAAAACACGUAGUUUUUUGUUUUAAAUAGAUUGGUGGGCGGUUUGAUCAGCUAGGUGGGCUUAGACAACUAAGUAGAAAGUGGGUAUUCAAUGUAGAAUAUUCAAUUUUUUUUUGUAAAAGGUGACUUUUUUUAAUAAUAACCAUAUUUAUAUAAUAUUAUAUAAGUAUAUAAUAAUACUUUUAUGUUGUUUAUAUAAAAUGGGAAAUUGUGAGAUCUUUUGUCAACAAUUAGUAUGCGAUUAGGUUAAAUAAGCUCGUUCCGCCACUGGACUAAGAAUAACAAAUAAUUAAUCAUCAGUCCGCGGUCAUAUUAUCGAUAACAUCAAAUUCUUCUUAUAAUAAUUAUUUUUCAUAAACGAUCAUAAAACUAUAGAAUAAUUUAAAAUUUCCUAAAAUAUGAAACAUCCAUCAUGUUUUCUGUUGUUGUCUGCGAACAUACGGCUAAAAAAUGUUAGAUAUAUAAAUAAAAUAUGUACACGACGUAAACGGUUUCGUAAAAAUACAAUAAGUACGUACGAGAGUAAUAUGAACAACUCUAACAAAUCGAGGAAAAAAUAAACUAUCCAUUAAUAAUUUAUACACAUUAAGACAAAUUACUUAAUAAUAAUAAUUAAUACUCUUGACAACAAUAAUAUAUUCUGCGGAGUUAUCGUGACUCGUACCUAUAUACCUUUAAGGUACCUAUAAGUAUACAUUUUCAAGGCCAAAUGUUUAUCCGUAUUACUUAAGUGUACCAUUGAGCUUUGCAGAAUGUGUAACCUUUUUGGCAAUGUCUCAACACAUUUGUUCUCCCCGUCCCCCCCCCUCACCGGACAAUUUAAAACGUUUAUCCCCCACUCCCCACUCGCAUUUAUUACAGCCUCGUGUAUAUAGCGUUUUACACACUAUAUUCUCUUCCCGUAGUACUACACGCUAUAUAGCCUAUAAGCACUUUCAUUCCGGAUAAAACAAUUCUCGUAUAUAUACUUAAUACUCGUACGUAUGUCCGUAUUAUAUAGAUAGGUAUAAGGUAUGUAAUAGUCCGGGCUACCUACCUUGCGAAAUAUGUUUUCCAUCCCAACAAUAAUCGUCGGUAUACCAAUAGCAACGGAUAUUACUACUGAUUAUAGAUCAAUAAUUAUAUUACCAGUGCUUAAAUUUCGAGUGGGCGACAUCGAGACAGGAAGGGGUGGUAAUGAGUUAAACGGAAGAGUGCGGUGUGAUUAAAAAUUUACCGACAUGAAAAAAAUGUUUUUAUCUAAUUCGUUGUCCUUCAGUAAGUCUGACGAUAAUAAUAUAACUCACGUACUAAAAGAUCAAAAAUAAAACCGAGAAAUUAUCAUUUUACCGAAUUAAAGUUAAUAUUUAUAUCAUUGAAUCGGUGACCGGUAGUCUCAAUUAACAUAGGUAUUAUAUGUGACGUCUAAAAAAACUUAAAUCUUAAUAAGGUACGCACGGUUUUAGUUUUUUUCAAAUUCAAGCCCUUGAUUAAUACAAUAUAGGUAUCAUGUAUAUACAUAUUAUUCAAAUACUCCGAAAUAUUAUUGUAGGCAGUUUAUCGUGUACGUCGAUUAUUUUGCGUACGUACAAAACGGUGAUUACAAAUAUUAUUACUUCUCCAAGUCUCGACUAUUCACGGGAUAAUUGGAAUAUAUCCAUUUACAAUACAUACGUUUACUGGCGAUAAUGGAACCGUCGUUGGCCCGAUACUUCGUCGUUAUUGUCCGUUUAAAUGUUGUUUCACCGCGGUAAUGAAAGAAUUAUCCGAGAUGCCGCCUACAGAUUCGAAUAUAGACAAUUUAAUAAUAUGCGUAUAUAGCCAAUCUCUCGCGAGGUGAAUUAAUAUAUUAUAGUAUUGAUUGACAGACAAAAAGAUUGAGCGGUAAAUUUACAAGAUAGGUAGGUAUAGUAUAUUAGAAACGUUUCAUUCCGAUUGACCUACAGAGCUAACAAUGAGCGGUUUGAUAUUGUAUGUAAUGAUUGUGCAUAAACCUACCUAUAUUAAUACAAUGGUUUCUAAUUUUUUUAUUUAUUUUUAUAAAAACAUUAGAAAUUUACGUUUAAUCCUUGAUUUUUUUUUUUUUUUAAAUUACAAAACGAUAUAAAUAUUAAUGUGUUUAUGACCCCCGGGAAAUAAUGACUUAAGUGGCUAAAUGGCAUAACGGCAUGAUUGCUAAAUAGUCUUGCCCAAAUUACCGUUCUUAAAUGGUAAAAUGUUUUAAGUCAUAUAAUAUACCUUCACUGUUCAUGCAUCCUCCACAGAGUCAUAAAAUCAUAGACAGUCCGCGACUUCGUUUAUGGAUAAAAAAAAAUUCCAACAGUGAUUACAGCGGUUUUGUACCACUUUCCGAUUUCAUAUUUGAGCUCGUUAUAACAUAACAAUCAUUUCCAUAGAGUAGAUUCAAUAUCAAGCCAAAAAAAAAAAAAAGCAAAUGUUCCAAGUCUCGAACCACGUUCAUCGUGAAUAAUAACAUAAAAUAUGAAAUAUAAUGAACUAACAACACAUUUUGUAAAAACCGGAAAAAUAUAUUAUACUAUACAUUUUUUUUUUUUUUGCUUAAAUACGGACGUAGGGGGAGGGAAGGAGUGUUUUAGCAUCACACGAAAAAUGAAGGAGAACAAAUUUCACACGACAAAAUUGUUUUUAAAAAAUGAUCGACUUCAUAAACCCUCUUCUACCCUGGGACCUAUAAUAGAUAUAAUUAUUAUUAUCGUGUGUACACGCUCGACAACAAACGAAAAUCAAUCCCCGAAAUGUCCAGAAACACUAUAAUAAUAUAGUAGUACCUAGAUUAUACUAAUGUUUUUGUAAUUAUUACUAUCACAGUGAAUUAUAACAUGACGGAAAUGAAUAACGGACAUCAGUGUUGCGGAUACGUGUCGUCGCAGAGUAGCAGCAGCGGCGGGAGCGCCGGAUGCAGUUCCGUGUGCGGUACCGAAUAUUCGGUACCCAGAAAAGUCUGCCCCUCUGUGAAUGACAAGAUAAACAAAAGGUAAAAUGAAUAACAGCACUACGUGUAAGUAGACGUAAUAUUAUACGUGUAAGUUGGAAACAAACCGCGCCAUAGUUUUAAUGUCCGUAAAAGCAACACCAGUUAACGCGUUCUGGCCGUUUGAAUAAAACUUUAGACGGACGGAAAUAACUUCGCCUAUGCCGACGCGGUGACGUUUCGUGGGUUUCGCUAGAGACUCUCGUGCAUACGCAUUUAUCAAAACUUUUAAACGCUUAAAAACGAUAUUUUAGGUAUGAUUUUACCGAAAUAUUCAGAUAACGUAUGAUGAUAUAACUGUAACGACAUAGGUGAUAAUAAUAAAACAAAUAUAAUCGCUAUAAUGUUUUGAACGGAAUAAACUUUAGAAAACUAAAAAGAGAAUCACACAUAUACGAAUGCCCCACGAAGAUAUACCCUUUGAAUAUCUCCGGAAAUAAUAAAUAUAAUCAAAUUCUGUUUUUUUUUUCCAUAUUAGGUGCUCACAGGGAAGAGAACUAUAAAUAUUAUUUGUAUUUGAAUUAAUUUUUUUUUUUUAUUAAAAAAAUUUAAAAAAUAACUUUAUUUUAUUAAUUCGGAAAAUUUUAAUAUAGCCAUUCUGUAAAGAUUAUUUUUCUGAAAAUUUGAAUGUACCACACAUUUAUAUCCGAUGAAUAUUUCUAAGUAACAGCCAUUUUAAAUUCUACUAAUCCAUGUGAAAACCGAUAUUAUUGGGUAAUGCGGUUAGGUUAUUCCCUAAAUUCCCUGGCUUUUAUCGGAUAUAAAUGUGUGGUACAUUAAAAUUCUCAGAAAAAUAAUCUUUACAAAGUGGCUAUCGUAAAAUUUUCCGAAAAUAAUAAAAUUAUUUUUUAUUUUAUUAAUAAAAAAAAUUAAUUCAAAUAUAAAUAUUUGUAGUCCUCUUCCCCGUGAAUAAUAAAAAAAAAAAUUCGGUUAUCUUUAUUAUCUCCUGAGAUAUUCAAGGGGUAUAUCUUUAUGGAACAGCUUGUAUGCGUACUGAUACAAAAAUAAGUAUCCAAAUAAUAUAAUGAUACUUCAGUAAUUAAUGUUGAAUACAUUUUAAAUUCACUUUUCAUCGAUAGGUUUGUUGUUAGUCUUUUUAAAAUAAACGGUAUUAUUUUAAUCUUCGAUAUUAUUACGUUACGUUUUACUUUCAUUCGUUUGAGAACGUGCCACUGCCAUGGUAUGAAAAAACAUUAUGUUUAUAGGUUAUUAUAUGUUAGGAACGUAGAAAUGUAAAAUAAUUUAGGAAUGAAUAGCUAAUGCUUUAAUAUAAUUUAUCCCUUUAAUAUACUAUAUAUCCAUGGGCACCCGGAAUAGGGUGGCAAGACUGAACAUUUUAAUAAUUAAUUAAUACAAUAUUUUAUUUUAAUUACUUUUUGGUGUUUGUUUUUAUUAUGCCUCUCCCUGAUAAAUUUCCCGCGAAUGCCCAUGUAUAUAUCUAUGCACUUUAAAAUCUAAAUCACCAAUACAUGUUUAUGCAAUAAAUGGAUAAAUAAAAUAAUGAACGAUAAAUUACUAAAAACGGUUUAUGGUUCAAGUUUCAGUCAAUCCGAAGCGUGUACGCCGAUAAGACCUCCGAAACCGAUGCACUUGAAACCAGAAACGAGUACGCCGGUCAAAAAGGCUCCGAUGCCUUUGCCUCAGCAAGAAAUCACGUGCACUUGUCGGUGCGCAAUUCUGGAUAAACCUAGACAAUCCUACAUCAAUAACUACGACACUCCAAAGACUAUAUGCCCCCCAAGCACAAAAGUAAGUUAUAUAAUAGGAUAUAUAUAUGUAUAUAAAUAAUAUAUACAGGACCAUUCUAUUAUCAUAAACCAGCAAGAUAGAUAAUAUCCAAUCUAUCGCCUUUCCCUACACCUCUGAUUUAAACUUUAAACUGUUUUAACUCAUAAACAGUAAAUCUGAUAUUAUAGUGUUAUGCACAUCAAAAUGUCUAGAAAAAUAUUCUCUAUUUUAGUCUGUGAUUUAAAAGAGAUCUAUUUAAAAAUCCAUAGUAGAUAUUCAUUUCAGGUUUAUGAAAUAGGGAUGAAAAUUGAAAAUAGUGUUAAACUAAAGCUUAAAGGAUUCCAUAAUGAUUAAAACUUUACUUAAAAUCCUCAGAGAAAAUUGCUGUUUCAUGAUAAAAAAUAAUCACCCUGUAUAUUAAACAUAACAUUUUAAGUACAUUAGUUAAUCGUUAUCCAAAUAAAAUUAACAACUCUGUUGUUCUGCUUGAGAAUAUGCAUCAAAAUAAAAUAACGUUUGUAAAUAUUAAGAUUAGACAUCGUAAUAUGGGUAUACAGCUGCUUACUUAUAUAUUAGAAUCUUAAUUCAAAGAGUCUGCACUUUGGUGACAGUUUAUCGUAUCAAAAUAAGGGUAAUAGCUCUGUGAUAUCCGGACCGUAGAUAAUAAUUAUAUUGUUAACGAACGUUUUAAACUAUAAGAUAUAUGAUUAUAUAAACAACUAUGAGAGUGUCCCAUUACGAUAUAAGUGCUUACCUAGUUAGUUGAGUCAUUGAGAUCCUGAUACAUUUUAAUUCAUCAAUUUACGGGUUAUCGCAAUUCACCUAAACAUUUAAUAUUUGUUGAAAUGAUGAUUAUCAAAUAAAUCGCAGUUACAAAAAAUUAUAUAAAAUCUAAUUUGUAUUACUUACUACGAAAUACGUGUGUAAUUCAAAUGGAUUUGAAAGUGUAUACGAAUAUUUUAGUCUUACUUUUUUUUAUAUAAAUAUAUUUUAUAAUGAUGUUUUCUAAUUAUUCUCAUUAAUCAUGUCGCGUACAUUGUGUUUACAGCAAAAUAAACCGUACCCGGCAGUACAAGACGAAUACUACGACACGCCACGGAAUAUCAAGUCGUUGGUGGAAGUCAACCCCUACGGCAAUUACGAUACGCCUCCUUCGCCCGUAGCCGUUCACAAGAAAUCCAAGUAAUUCGAAUUCGUUUGUAUAGUCGCACCCCGCGCACUAUAAUAAUCACAAAUAUCUGUAUAAACAGUGUAAAAACCAUAUCUGUCUUGACCCAAAUAGAGGAGAGGGGGGAUUAGUGGAUAUAAAAUAAUCAAACUCAAAAAACCACCCCCGUCCCCCACGCACUGAAUCGGUUUUAUACCAAGUACAAGUAAAUAUAUAAUCGAUCCUUACGGGGACUUUUGAGAACACGUGCGUCUUUUGCUCAUGAUACGUGAAGGCGAUAUUAGGAUAUUUUAGCGAUUUUUAUAGUAUUAGGAGUCUCAUUAAGAACGCCGGAUUUAAGUUAUCCGGCAUUUUUUGUUUUGUGUGUUGGGUGAUCUAUUUUUCUUAUCGUUAUCAUCUAUACACUAUUCGCAAUGCAACCAUCUUUCUAUGAAUGAAACGCUGCGACGGUUUUUACCGGUUUAUUUUGUUUUAUUGAUUUAUUUUGAUUCUUCUAAUCUUCUGUUUGUAACCAUGGCAUGACUAACUGGUAUUCAAGAACGCGUUUUGGCUGAUAAGACUUUUUAUUAACAUAAUGAAAGUUAUGCUGGAACAAUAAGUCAUCUUAGAAUAAUCAUGGGUCGAAAUGAGGCUCCUAAUGAAUCAACAGUUCGUCGAUUGAUAGUUAAGUUCAAUUAAACUGCACUAAACCAAAAUGCAUUAUUGAAUAGUUAAUCGUACCAUGGUUGCGAACAGAAGGUUAGAAACAAUCGAAAUAAAUCAAUAAAACAAAAUAAAUCGAUGAAACCUUCACGUCGUUUCAUUGCGGAGAGUUUACAGGUGAUAACGAUAAGAAAAACAAGUCAGCCAAUGCACAGAACAAGAAAUACCGGGCGAUUCAAAUCCGGCGUUCUUAAUGGGACACCCUACGUAUACAAUAUAAUGCCUACUAUCACGUGGAAAAUUGUUGCAAACAAUACAAACGCAAAACGGCUCCGAAUGAUGCUCUGUUAUAACGUACAUUUUAAACAAUUCCAUAACAUUCAAUAUUUCAACGUUGUGUCUGUAUAAUAGUAACUGAUGACUGGCACAACUGACACGAAUCGAAGCGAGUUCAAAAUCGGUUGAUUUAUGCCCGAACUAUUGGGAAUUACGGAAACAUUUUGCAAACAAUGUACUAUACUAUAUACGCCACAGGUGCCGGGUGGAAAUCGUGGAUGUCUAUUAAGGCGCCGCGAGAAAAAAUCCGAACAUUUUUAUACCGGCCGAAAGAGUGUAUCCCGAUGGGGAGGAGGGAUGGGGGCCAUAAAACCGUAUUAGUAAGACUAAUAGCUUCUUCUUCGAAAAAGAAAAAAAACUACUAAAAUCGUUAUAGUUUUUCAAUAACUGCGAAGUUGUUUUUUUUUUUUUUUAUAUAAAUCUCGUUUCGCCGUUUUCAGUGCCAGCUGUACGCCGUCGCCCAAGCAACCAAACGUUCAGUGCACGGGGAUAUGUCCUUGUCAAAGGGCCAUGACUUGCUGGUCCAACAACUGGGUGCCGGUGCAUCCUCAGUGUAAACGGAACAAUCACGCUGCAGACAAUCAAACAUUGAAUAAUACGGUGAGCAAAGACGAUUGUAGUCGUCACGAUGUACUGUGCCACGCGGUGGAACUUCCGGACUCGAUCCUUUCGAAAAACGGAAAAAAAAUUUAAAAAAAUUUACGUGUUUUCCUCCCGUUUCCGACCUUCAUAUCCGUAGUCGCGGUUAAUCGUUGUCAUCCGUUAAUAUUUAUCGUUUAAAAACGAUACGCCGCUGUCCGUGACAACCGAAUUAAAAAUCAAUCGAUAUAUUAAUACACAUAGCGAUUCACUAAACGUGAUCGCCCCUGCGCGUGACGUGACGAUAAAAAUUCGAUAAAUCGUGAACUCCCAACGCGAAACGCCAGUAAAAACAAAAGUUUUAUUCGCUUGAAACAAAAAACUUUGAACGGCUAUAAAUAGUCCGAAAACUGUCAGAAUAUUUCGAAAAUUUCGCCGAGUCUAGAAAAGGACAAGAUAAUACGCGUAAGGUGGAAACGUACGGUCUCUGUCGUACACGGUGAUUUCGAACUAGACGUUUCCGCCGACCUUUGCACGGAUCGUGCAAAGGAACAACGUGAAAAAGUAGAAAUGUUUUUUAUUUUAUAUAAACAUAGUAUUCUGAAUCUAUACGGGGCGCGUAACGAAUUAGCUGUGUGUAUACAGUGCGUUGCACUCAAAUGGUAACACGAAAAAUAUUUCUGACCGAUGACCGCGGAUUGAAAUGGGAUUUUCAAGAAAAGAUAGGAAAUACUGAAAUACGCAUACAUUUUUUUGUAGAUUUUUUAAAUGUCUUACCCUACCAGUGUGCGCAUGCGCAAUAAAACUUGCAUUUUUCUAAAUGGAAACACCUAUAUUCAACACUUGAUAAACCAUUUUUUUUUUUUUUUUUUUUUCUAAGCAACUCGUAUAAAUAAAGUUUUCCCUUAUCCUGAAAAUCGGCCAAAUUGCGGCCAGUAAAAUUUUCAAAUUAAACUAUUGAAUUUUUCAACAAUAAUUCUACGAUGUUUUCCGUGUAGUUAUGUCCGUAUAUUUCCACUAAUAGGUUUCGCCGUCAUUAUUUCAUGUUUGUAAAAGUUUACCGUUGUAAUUAUUUACACGAGCGGUGCAAACUUAUUGGUAAAUGUACUCGGAAAUCCCGAAUGCCUAUUGAAAUACCGAUUCCACCGUAAACAUUUAUUGGUUUAUCGGUCAACGAACAUUAUCGGUCGACUAAUGAAUGAACUUUGUAUCAUACAGAUUGCCUUACGGACAAUUUUAGUUGUUAAUUUAUUCCGCCUAAACGUCGUAACAUUUAUAACAACGAUCCGACCAUUCAGACCGAGAAUUUUACCCGGAUCGGAACAUUCGUUUUUGCGUUCAUAUUUUCCCAUCGUUGAGAUUCAUAUUGUACAAAAAUGGUUAGCCAUUGUGAAAAAUCGGAUAUGGUUUUAAUUUUUAACGCGCGUCAUCGAUAUUCCCGGCAAGCUGCACAGUUAGACGCUGAACGGUAUCCCGAUGGAUAUCAACCAGCACAUAAUUAUUUUCUACGGCUUGAAAAUCAAAUCCGAACUUACGGUUGAUUUGGAAGUCGAAGUCACUUUCGUCCGGUACAACGAGCAGCAGAAAUUGAAAGUGAUGAGGAACAAGUGAUGGACAAAACUUUGAACAAUUUAUAAGAUAAUGAUGAGUAUGUUUCGUAAUAAAUUGUUUAAAAUAAAAUUAAUUUAACAAUAAUUAAAUAAUUUUGUUUCGACUUUAACUAGCUAUAUUGCGGCCGAUUUUCAAAACAGGGGAAAACUUUAUUUAUAUAAGUUGUUUGAAAAAAAAAAAAAACGGUUUAUCCGAACCAAGUAUUGAAAAUAAGUGUUUCCAUUUUGACAAAUGCAUGGUUUAUUGCGCAUGCGCACAUGGAAAGGGUGAGCAAUUUUUAAUCCCAUAAAAAAAAAAAAGCGUAUUCCAGUAUUUCCAGUAUCUUCCCUUAAAAAUCCCGUUUCAAUCCGAGGUCACUGGUUAGAAAUAUUUCGCGCGUUACCAUUUGAGUGAAACGCACUGUACACCGUGUAAAAGGAAAAGAAAUGAUGCAAAAGCCGUCGACGUCCUGUAUUGUCUUGGAUUUGAUAAUCAUUAUUAUUAAUUUAAAAAAAAAAAAAAAACCUUAAUUGCCUAUUUUAAUAUUGUCCGCACAGAAACCGCGGGUUCCGCAGCCGCACGAUUGCCACCACCAGAAGACCGCGACUGGCGUCAUUUACGCGACGGUGGACGUGACGAAGAAAAAAAAAUACGCGGAACCGACGCCCCCGGCCGAAACCCCGUCCAACUACAUGAACUUGGAACCGGCGCCGGCGGCGGCGAAAACGACCGCCGACAACUACGCGAACUUGGAGUUUAGCGAGUCGCUGUGCCAUUACGAGAACGCCAAAAACGUGUUGGCCAAAGCGACCGCGGACGCCGGUCCGCGCCCCGUAAACAACGGCCACCCCGCGCGCGCGCCUUACGACAACCGCGGCGGCGCUUGCGACAAAUGCGGGCACCUGCAAAAGCGUUGCGCGGCCGCGGAGAACGGCGGUGGCGACGAGAAAAGCGACUAUAUGACCAUGGAACCCGUCAACGGCCGCAUGAAGGAAGUCAAACGGAACCUGUUCCCCGGCUAUUUGCCCAUGUGCCCGGCGGUCAACGGCGGCAGGCAAUACGACAAUAACAUGUUGAAGGACAUUAUGAACAAGGGCCUGGCCGAGAAGUCGGUCAGCAUACCCAGUCUCGACGAGUACGGCAGAUCUACUGCGGCGGCGGCGGCGGCGGCGGCGGACGGUUUGUCUAAAAGCGCGUGCCAUCCGGCGACGGACGAGCCGCGUAGACGGUCCAGUUCGGCCGGAUCGUCGCGGUACGAUUACGGGACGACGACGGCCCGGUCCGAGGCGUCCGACCGCACAUCGUCGGCCGAGAGCAUGACCAGCCAGAUCGCCAAAACGUGUCCGGACUCGACCGCGACGUCCUCGGCCGAGAGCGCCACGACCGCCGCGGCCGUGCAAUCGUCCGCCGGCGCUUCGGCCGACGACCAGCAGACCGCGCUGGUACACAUACGCCGGUCGUCCAGCGUCCCGUGCAAAAACAACCGGGACUCGUCCAGCUCCAACGACUCCGGCGUGUCCACCGGGUCGCUUCGGUACAGGGGCGCGGACUUUGCCGAGUUCGAGUUGCCGUUGACCACCGCCAUGUCGACGAUGCGGCACCGGCGGACCAUGGCCGCGCCGGACUGCGGCGUCGGCGGGACGCCGACCGCCGUCAACUGCGUCCACGGAUCGUUGCCCAGACGUUCCAAGUCCACCGACAGGUUAAAGGACCUGAGCUUCAGGUUUCAAAAGUUCGCGGGCCCCAUGAAGUCGUCGUCCGCCGGUGCCGAGGUGCCGGUCUGCUUGAAAAAAGAUUCAAAAGGUCAGCCGAGUUUACCUACCUACCCCUAUUUAAAUCGUUUAUCUUCUACACAUUCAAAAAAAAAAAAAAAAAAAUUUUUCAACGAAUUUACCGGAGUUUUUAAAUUUACCAAGUUUUUAUUUCAUUGAAUUUUUCAACAAUUAGAAAUAACCGAGGGAAAAACGUCGUAAAAACGGGAUAGCUACGCAAUAAUGAUCUCUGUAGUACUAGUAAAAAUAAUAUACCUCGUGCGUUCCCAUUUUAACCACGUUUUCCUCCAAUUUUUAAGAUUUAAGGAUUGUCGAAAAAUAUCCUCUUCAAUACACCAAAAUCGAUACAAUAUCUUACUGAGUUAGAUAACCGGGGCAGGGUAUCAAAUAAAAAAAGACGGAAAUACUUCACACGGGGACGCAGCCAGUAGGAUACAGAAGAUAAUUUAAUGUAUACCUGUAAGCAUUGAAAAAAACCAUUGCUAACGAAAAAACGAAUCUGAGCGGAGUUCGGUUGAUAAUGAUGCUUUGUCAACAAUAUAUAUAUGUCAUUUUUUAGUAAAAUAAUUAAAAAGACAUUAAUAUUAUCUUUAAUAAUAUUUGUUUGAUGUACAGAUUUUCCCGGUUUCUCCGGGAUUUUUCCUGGUUUGUCACAUUUGCUGGUAAAACUCCUGAGAAAAAUGAUCUCCUUUAAGUACCUCCCCACGCCGAUUUCCUUUCUGAAAAUGUGCUACACGUAAAAAUCAGAGCAAGUUCUCCCGUAGAAAAGUUGUCCACAGAAAAAAAAUAAACAUCUUUGUAAAACCAUAAACUUCUUCGCUCCACUCUGAAUCUAAAAAACCUGUUUACAGACACAAAACGAAAAGGGCGCAUUCAAAUUGCCUCCCGUUAAUCCCUUGAGUCGCCUCCCGUAUAUUUUUUUCAAAAAAAGGUUACUCGAAUCGCCUCUCAAGCCCGAAUUUAAAAUUUACUGUUCACUCGAAUUGCUUAUCACAAGUCUACUUGAAUUGCCUCCGGUAUAGGGCCAGAUUAAUCGAUAUAAACUACUACGUUAAUUACUAUACACAAAAGAAAAUCAUAUAGGUAGGUAUAUUAUAAAUUAUAAUAUUACGGUUUUUGUAAUCCAAAUUUAAAUCCGUCGGCUAUUGACACAGUGUUUUCUCGUGUUUCACUUGAAACUUUCACAGACGUGUUUUGCAUAAGACAGUAAACUAAACACUGAAUUCGAAUAGAAAUAUCACGGAGUUUUAGGCUAUUAAUUUUGAUAGUUCGUAGACGAAAACUGAUCGAUUUUAAAAUAGGUACCUAUUUCCUAGUGUUAAUCUGAGUUUUGAUUUGACACAUUUUACCAGUUUCAAUUUUAAUCCGCAUAUGACCGUAUUCUGUGCCCAUAAUCGUCCGAACUUAUGCCAUAUGACGGUGUGUUAAUUGAACUGGUAUAUUAAUAAAACAUUUUUGCGGAAAAAAACUUUUACGCUUGAAAAUGUAACCCAAUACGUGCAUUAUAAGUGGCGGUGUCUGACCGAAUCUAACCUAGUGGUCUGAACAACGAAUUUGAGUGCAUUAGUUUUUUUUGUUUUUUUUUUUUUGGUCACAUAAGCGUUAUCGUAAAAAUUACAGCAUUUCAAAAUAUGUCUUACCGAACUUCGCUCCAAAUCGUUUUUCGUCGAAUAAUUUACCUUUGCGUAGGUUAGGUUAGGUUAGACAUAAAUUAAAUAACUAUGUAUCCUGCCUUCCCGAAUCGAAUAUUCAAUUUUAUUAGACCGACGGCAAUAAGUAUUUUAGAUUCUGAGUGGAGCGAAGAAGCUUUUGGUUUAACAACAUUUUUUUUUUUUUUUUUUUUAUUAUCUGUGCGCAACUUUUCUACCGGAAAUAUUGCUCCGUUUUUUAAGUGUAGCGCCUUUUCUAAAAGGAAAUCGGUAUGGAGAAGUGCUUUAAACAGGUCAUUUUUCGAUUUUUCCAAAAGUUUUCCCAGCAAAUAUGAAAAACUGGAAAAAAACGCGGGACAACAUUAACAAAUAUUAUUAAAAUAUACCAUACAACGCUUAUUUAAUUAUUUUACCAUAAUAUGACUUACAAUUUAUUGUUGACAAAGCAUCGCUAUCAACUGAACUCCGCGCAGAAUCGUUUUCUCGUUAGCAAUGGUUUAUCGUUGCUUACAGGUAUACAUUAUAUUACUUAUUCCUAGAAAAGUGGCUGCACUAUCCUAUGCCCCGUUAUCCUAGGACAGCUUUUAGAUUCCGAGCAUAUAGCGAGGGAGCUAUUGGUUUUACUAAGGUAUUUAUUUUUUCUUUCUUUCUUUAUUCUAGUCUGUGAACACAUUUCUUCACAGUAAACUUACUCCUUAAUUUUACGUGUAGCAGUUUUUCUGGAAGUUCAAGUUGUCUAGAUUGUACUUUACAGGGGCUUUUUUUGAUUUUCGAUGCCGUUUUUUAAAUAAAAGUACUUAUAUGGGAAAAAACGUAGGAAAACGUAAAAUUUCAGGAUUUCAUUAUUUUAUUAAACGUUAUUAGACGUUUUCUACUAGAAAAAUGAUUUAAUCGAAAAUCACAAGACACAUUUUAUGUUGCCUUUUUGAUUUACUUUCUUAUGGUAUCAUUGCCAAAACUUUUGAGCUUCUAAGGAAUUUUAAUUUUUGGGAGUUUUUUGCUGUAAUUCGGUUAUAAAUACACGUAGAGACUUGAAACUUGGUAAUAAUACCUAUACUGGACUUACAUAGACGUGGUAAAAUUUCAGAUUUUUUUGUCUAAAAUUGUCAAAUGUUAUGUACAUCAAAAUUGUCAUUACAAAAUCACACUAUUAUACCUCUAACAGUUAUAAUCUUUAUCUCCUUAUCUUCCUAAACAUUUUGUUAUGUUGAUAUUAUAGGUUUUAACGUGAACGUUGAUGGAACCACAGGAGUACCAUUCUUAGAUUCUCAGAGCACAAGCAGCUACACCUCGGAUAUGAGCGACUACAUCGAAACGUUAUCAUUGUCUUCACACAGCUCAUCAGAUACCAAUAACGAAAACCUAAGGUAGGUCCUAGUUUUAUUUCUCAGAGUACAAUAUAGAGUCAUACGACUUACUGUCAAUUGAUUUGUUUCAUCAUUUCGUUACUGUUGUUCCAACAGAUUUGGUCGACCAGCCGCCAAAACUACACUGAAACCACGAUCGGGUAAAGAAUACCAUCAAAUAGGAUUUUUCUUGGAUGGGGACUUAAAGGUAAAUAUGUCAAUUGAAAAUAUUACAUUUUUCCACCCAAAAAUAAUUUACAAUAACUGUCAUUGUACUUAACAUUCACCAUCAGUAUGAUAAUAAUUUAUUCUUUAAUACCUAGGUACCUAUUUAUUAUUUUUUUAUUAUAAAAUAGCAAUGGUAUUCAUUAUUAUUUAAUUUACUCAUUUGAGUUUUACAUUUACUAGGUCAAAUCCAAUAUACCACCAGUUGCUGAGACUUCAGAAACAUCUUCAUCGAGAUACACAAAUGCAGCACAAGAGAGCAAUGUGGCCUGAUGCUAAAUAAGUGACCAUGUGAGAGGAAUAUUGUGAACAUUUUUCAAUUUCUCAGCAAUGUAAACAUUGUAUAUAAUCAGUUAUGUACAAUGUAGAAAAGACAAAUACAUAAAAAUCAAGAAUUUAAUUAAACUGUACAUUCAAUUUUACUGAAAAUAACAUAUCACAACAUGUAUAAAGUAUUAUUGUAAUAAUAUACAUACAAUAAUAAUAAUAAUGUAAUUUUAAUAUGUUGAAUUUAAGACUGCUAAACUGAAAAAAAAACUGUUCUUGUAUUAUUCUUCAACUGUAUCGUAUUAACAUAAUUAUUAAAUUCAAUUUUAGGUACAAUACAAUAACAGGUUUAGUCUAAGAACUAGUCGUCUAUAAGUCAAAUACAAUUUUUUUGUAGUAGAAUAGUUUCCUUAGUGUACCUAUAUGUAAAAACAAUGAUAUACUAAUAAUAAUUAUAUAAUAAUAAUUAAUAAAAAAACAUUAUCAUAUAGUUUAUAUUCUUAAAUUAUUUACAAUAAAAUAUUUUUAAACACUAAAGUUUACUUCUUUAACUAAACAUUUUUGUAUGAUGUAUAUAUAUAUUAUUGAAUAUUACACAAAAAGAAAAACAAAUUGUUGACACAAUUUUUUUAUAAAUUGUAAUAAACUUACAGGUAAUUUUAUUUAACUUGGGCUUGAUUUUAAUUAUCAACCCUUUUUUUUAACGGAUCUUAGAUUCACCAAAUUAUCAUUCAAUGAAUUAAUAUAUGUUAUAUCUAUAUGUAUUUAUUUACUACUUAUAUAUAAUAAUAUGUAUUAUGGAUUCAAAUACACUACAUCAAUUUUGUCUUAGUCUUUUAUAAGUGCUGAGAACACAUUUUUUUUAUCACAUUAAUAAUAAUAAACAAUUAUUAAACUUAAAUGGAGGUAAAUAUUAAAAAUUAAAUUAAUUUAGAUUUAUUAUUUAUAUUAGUAAAGUAGAUUUAUUUUUCCAUAAUUGUUUAUGGCUUUUGAGACAGUUCUUUUAAUUUGUUGAUUUUCCAUUUUUGAAUUUUCUCUUUCAGUUCAAUUGCUGU